UCCGCGCGCCGCGGCGCAUCCCAAAAGCCGGAGAAGUGGAUUCUGCGCUCCGCACGGUCCCCCAGCUGCAGGGUGGCCGCGUGGCCCGGGCUCAUCGGCCGGAAGCCCGGCCCAGCGCCUCAAGUGGGAGCCGCCCCGAGAGGGAGCGGAUGCGGCCGCAGUCCGCGCGGAAUAUUGAAGGAUGUUCGUUCCAAGAUCCCUGAAAGUCAAGCGGAAUGCUAACGAUGAAGGUAGAAGUUGUGCAGCCAAGAAAGUCAAACCAGAAGCAGAAGACCCCCAGCUGGGUGCAGGCGGGGAUGGUCCAGCCGGUGCCUCGGGUACCAAAGAAGCUGCACUAGCGGCGCAUCACGGCGCCCAGCCGUGCCCUCUCCCCGGACCUGCCAGCCAGGUCCCUGAGGGGGGUCUGGCUGGACCCCAGCAGCGGGCGCAGGACAGCGAACUCCUCGAAGAGCCGGUGAAGUCCUUCUCCAAAACGCAGCGCGAGGCCGAGCCCGGGGAACCGGUGUGCGUGGUAUGCAGGCGGUACGGAGAGUACAUCUGCAAUGAGACGGACGAAGAUGUGUGUAGCCUGGAGUGUAAAGCAAAACACCUCCUGCAGGUUAGGGGAGCGGAGGAGCGGCUAGCGCCGGGUGGGCCACAGAAAGCGGGUUCUGAGCCAGUGGCUCCACGUCCCGCUUCGUACGUCUACACCGAGCACGCCUUCAUCUCGAACCUUCGGGAGGACCAGAUUGAGAACCUCAGACGGCAGCUGGGAAUCGUGGUUCAAGGGCCAGGCGUCCCCAGGCCCAUCAUUGACUUUGAGCAUUGCGGCUUCCCUGAGGCCUUAAACCUCAACCUGAAGACCUCGGGCUACGAGGUGCCCACCCCCAUCCAGAUGCAGAUGGUCCCCGUGGGGCUUCUGGGCCGAGACGUGCUGGCCAGCGCGGACACCGGCUCUGGGAAGACGGCCGCCUUCCUGCUUCCGGUCAUCAUGCGAGCUCUGUUUCAGAGCAGGAUGCCAUCCGCGCUCGUUCUCACGCCCACGCGGGAGCUGGCCAUCCAGAUAGAGCGCCAGGCCAAGGAGCUGAUGAGCGGCCUGCCCUGCAUGAGGACCGCGCUCCUGGUGGGGGGCCUGCCCGCGCCCCCGCAGCUCCAUCGCUUGCGCCAGCGCGUUCAGGUUAUCAUAGCAACUCCUGGGCGACUUCUGGAUAUAAUAAAGCAGAGCGCUGUAGAACUUGGCAGUAUAAAAAUUGUAGUAGUGGAUGAAGCGGAUACCAUGUUAAAGAUGGGCUUUCAACAGCAAGUGCUUGACGUUUUGGAAAACGUGCCUCAUGACUGUCAGACCCUUUUGGCGUCAGCCACGAUUCCAGCCAGCAUAGAGCAGCUCGCAGGCCAGCUCCUGCACGACCCCGUGAGAAUCGUCGCUGGGGAGAAGAACCUGCCCUGCUCCAACGUGCGCCAGAUCGUGUUAUGGGUGGAAGAACCAGCCAAAAAGAAGAAACUGUUUGAAAUCUUGAAUGAUAAGAAACUCUUUAAGCCUCCAGUGUUAGUAUUUGUGGACUGCAAACUAGGAGCAGAUCUGUUGAGCGAGGCCGUUCAGAAAAUCACAGGUCUGAAAAGCACCUCUGUGCACUCAGAAAAGUCACAGCCGGAAAGGAAGAACAUACUGAAGGGUUUACUUGAAGGAGACUAUGAAGUUGUCGUGAGCACGGGGGUCCUAGGAAGAGGCCUGGACUUGGUCAGCGUCAAGCUGGUUGUCAAUUUUGACAUGCCUUCCAGCAUGGAUGAGUAUGUGCAUCAGAAAUAAAGACUCUCUGAGCGCCACGUUAUCUCACUGACCGCUACCUGUCUUCCUUCUCCGGCAUCACUUACAGACUCUUCAAGUAAAGCCUUUCUCUGAUGUUCUUAGAAUCACCUCUGAAUGUCACAUUUACUGGAGGAGUUGCCCACUGAAAUGCCUGUAGCGCCCUUACUGAGUUGUUGCUUUAUUUUUCAUAAGACUUAAUAAUCUAGCAGUCUGCUCUCUCUCUCCCUCCUUCUCGCUCUUUUUUCCUUUCUUUCUUUCUUUUUUUUUUUUUUUUUUUUGGUACCACCUCAUUUACCCGUGCCUCAGGGAUUUGACUGUUCCACAGGAGCUGAUUGUUCACGUAACUGAACUUUAUUUUCUUCCAAACUUUCAAUUUAAUGAUUUUGGCUGGACGGGACUUCCCUGGUGGCGCAGUGGUUAAGAAUCCGCCUGCCAGUGCAGGGGACUCGGGUUCGAGCCCUGGUCUGGGAAGAUCCCACGUGCCGCGAAGCAACUAAGCCCGCGAGCCACAACUAC